AUGCGUCGCAGUUGUCACAUCUCGCGCGCAACACUGCUCGGCGAUCCCAUCCAAGACAACCUCCACCGCUUCGAAACCUCAUGGCUCAUAUCCCCCACCAUUCUGGCUUGUCUGCGUGGUCUCAUUGCCCUCUACAUUAUCACCACAAUUAUCGUGAUUUGGGUUUGGUAUGGCACCCAUAAUGAGCGUGUGGAGAUUGGUGAAUCCUUCAGCUACUUUACCUGGUUAACCUACUGGGGUCUGUUCUUCUACUUCUUGGUCUCAGCGAUCCACACGGCACUUUACGCACGGACAGGUCGCUCCGUCUUGUUUGAUCGCUGUCCCCGUGUGUUUCGAACACUCCAUGCUAUUCUCUAUGCCAGUAUCACCACAUACCCGUUUCUGGUUACGAUUGUGUUCUGGGGCAUUUUAUUCACACCACCCUUUUACAAGACUACUUUCCCAGGCUGGUCCAAUAUCUCUCAACAUGGCUUAAACUCCUUCUACGCCUUACUAGAAAUCUUCCUUCCAGCCACAGCCCCACACCCGCUCGUUGCUAUCCCUGCUCUGAUCCUUGGGCUACUCUUCUACCUCUGUGUCGCAUACAUCACCUACUACACACAGGGCUGGUACUCCUACAGCUUCCUCGACACUGAACACGGCAAGAAGAGUGGGACUGUUGCAGGAUACUGUUUCGGGAUCCUGGCUGCUAUUCUGGUCAUCUUCGCUAUCUCCUGGUUCUUCAUUUGGUUGCGGAAACGUUUGACUGGUGAUAAGAUUAAGCAAUCAAAGCAUGACUCUGGGACCGAGGUUAACGAAUUCUCACUUGGGGACGUUGAUAGUGAGGGCCAGAUGAAGGAGACUAAAGACGGGGUUCAAGUUUGA